AUGGCACCCAAGCCAAAAGCCAAGCCCAAGGCUCAGCAACAAACUCCACAAACUGAGCAUCAAAAGAUCGCGGAGCAAUGGGCUAAAGCGGAACGCGCUCGCGCUGAUCAGCAGACCGCCAAUGCGAAGUUCGGACUCCCUCCCGCCGAUGAGAACGUCGAGGUUUUAGAGCAACGACGCGAGGCGCUCGAUCAGAGAAGACAAAAGACGUACGAGAAGCGUUGGCGAUGGGCUACUGGUUUCUGGGUUGUCGUGCUCGCUAUCCACGCGCUCGGAAUCUGGCUCUUUACAGGUGGCUUUCUGCUCACACGGCUUGUACUGGAGGACAAGUCGAACUGUACUCUGCCUCCAAUUGAGAACACCAAGGGCUUGUUAAAUGUCGAUCGCGGUUGCUGGCAUCCGAAAUCGUUUGACCGAGCCGUUGUUGUUCUAAUUGACGCGCUUCGCUACGACUUUACCGUUCCCGAGGAUCCGGCGCAGGCUCAGCAUUUCCACAAUGCUUUCCCCUACCUCUACGAGUCGGCUGUCAAGUCCCCUCAGAAUGCCUUCCUCCGCCCAUUCAUCGCUGAUCCACCCACUGCCACGAUGCAGAGACUCAAGGGUCUUACUACGGGAACGCUGCCGACUUUUAUCGAUGUUGGAAGCAGCUUCGGUGGUUCCGCUAUCGAUGAGGAUAACUUGUUGAUGCAGUUAAAGGACGCUAACAAGAAGAUUGCUCAUCUUGGCGAUGAUACCUGGUGGUCUCUCUUCCCGGGUUACUUUGAGCCCAACAUCAGCAAGGCUUACGAUAGCUUCAAUGUUUGGGAUCUCCACACUGUUGACAAUGGUGUAAUUGACAACAUCUUCCCAUUGUUGAAGCCGGAGCGAAAGGGCGAUUGGGAUCUUCUUAUUGGACACUGUCUUGGUGUUGAUCAUGCUGGCCAUCGAUAUGGUCCCGAUCAUCCUGCUAUGGGCGCAAAGCUUCGCCAGAUGAACGACUUUAUUCGCAAGAUGGUCGAGAACAUCGAUGACAAGACUCUUCUGGUAGUUAUGGGAGAUCACGGUAUGGACAGUAAGGGAGACCACGGCGGCGAGAGCGACGACGAGGUUGAGGCUGCUCUCUGGAUGUACUCCAAGAAGCCCUUCUUCGGUCGCACUUCUCCCGAAUUUGCCGCUCCCCCAGCCAAUGCCAAGAUCCGACCCGUGAACCAGAUCGAUCUUGUUCCUACCCUUGCCCUGCUUCUGGGCAUCCCAAUCCCAUUCAACAACUUGGGAGGACCCAUUGAGGAGGCAUUUGCUGGUGUUAAGGGCAAUGACUGGCGCAACCUCGCUGCUGUCUCGCGCGUUGCCGCAGCCGGUAUUGAGAAAUACCAGGCAGCUUACCACAAGGCUCGCGGUCUUGUCCAGGGCGAGGGAGUUGGAUCUCCCGCUGCUCUUUGGGAGGCUGCUCUUGCUAUCGCCAAGAAUGAUCGUGAUGCUUAUGCCGCCUUCUCCAAGUUCCAGGAGACUACCUUAUCCGUCUGCAAGGAUCUUUGGGCCCGCUUCGACGUUCCCCGUAUGAUCAUGGGCAUCGUCGUCUUUGGCUUCGGUCUGAUCCUGCUCAUGAUGUACUCCUCUCGUGAAGAAGAGGAUGAAUACGUCAUUAUGAAUGACGCCGAACUCGAUUAUGCCGAGAAGAAGUUGGAACUCUUGUCCUACAAGGAAAACGAGCCAGAGGUCGAGGAUAACUUCCAUAAGAGCAUCCUCAAGGGUCUCUGGGACCCCAAAAUAUUGUUCACUGUCACUGUUCUUGGUGCCGUUGGUGUGUAUCGCCAGCACCCUAUCGAGGGCCUUGUUGCGCUCGUCGCCGUCCUUUUCAUGGCUGGUCUCAGCUCAUCUCUCCAUGAUAUGGGCAAGACUAUCCUUAACAUCUUCCCAUCAUCUUUCUGGGGAUGGAUGGCGGUAAUCUUCACCGUAAGCCAGUCCAUUGGCUUCGCUUCUAACUCGUACACUAUUUGGGAAGAUUCGAUUCUGCUAUUCUUUAUUACCACUUUCGGUAUCGCUAGUGCCGUCUCUGCUUUCCGAAUCGAAUCUCGACGUGAAAGAUACCUAGGUAUCUACCACUCCGUUGCCUUCAUCGUCCUUGGCCGCAUCGCUUCCUACUCGAAGCUUUGCCGCGAAGAGCAGAUGCCCUACUGCACCUCCACCUACUACGCUUCUUCGACUUCAUCAACCUCUGCGGCAUGGCAGCUACUGAUCCCUUUUGCUGUCUGUCUUGUUCUCCCCGCUAUCAUCAAGUCUUUCCUCGUCACAAGCAGAUCUUACGAGGGUCUUGCUCCCACAUGGAUCGGUUGGGCUGUUCGCGGUGGCCUCUUCCUCUCUGCUCUGUACUGGGUUAUUGACGCUGCUGACAACGGUGGCUGGCUAGAAGGACGGCUCGCCGAGGGAAUCCCCAAGACUAUCGGUGUUUAUCUGGCCCAAAUCGUCCUUGCUCUGGCUUUUGUUGCUGGAAGCACUGUGUUUGUCUGGGCGCCUCCUUGCGUGUCCAUUCUUCAAUCUGCCGGAGCCGCCGGGCGACCUGUUGUCACUAUUAUUGGAUAUGGUAACGCUAUCGGUGCUCGCUACCUACUGCUGCCUCUUAAUAUCCUUUUGGCCUGUUUCCUCCUCUCGAAGCCUAUGGGAGGAGGUGCCCUUGCUCUUAUGUUUUGGCAGAUCCUCACGCUGGCUGAAGUCUUGGAUCUCAACGAGCUCAAGACAAGCCCUAUUGGUCCUGUCAUGCUUGCCAUUCUUGGAAACUUUUACUACUUCAAGACUGGCCACCAGGCUGUUCUGUCCAGCAUCCAGUGGGACAGCGCUUUCAUUCCUCUCUUCACCAUCCGCUACCCUUGGACGCCUAUCGUGGUUAUUCUCAACAGCUUCGCUGGUCAGAUUAUCGCUGCUGCGUCCGUGCCUCUUUUGGCCCUGUGGAAGGUCGGUCCCAAGCAGAAGGGUGUCUUGGAGACAACCACCCGCAGCAUUGGCGUCUUUGUCAUUUACUAUGCAGUUGAAGCCCUGGCCACUAUGAGCUGGGCUGGUUGGCUUCGCCGCCACCUGAUGCUUUACCGCGUCUUCAGCCCUCGCUUCAUGCUGUCCAGCACUGUUCUUCUUGUACUUGACCUGGUCAUCAUUCUGGUGACAAUGACGGGUAUGCGAAGCAACACUAUGUCGCUUGGUGAGGUGUUUGGAUGGGCUGAUUAG